UGACGUAAAUCAUAUAUAAAGGAUAUGGAUACCCCUUUUGUUAACGCGACAGCAGGUCGAGUAUACGAAGCUAUAGCUUUGCAAGACGUUAACACCUGAUACCAUGUCAUCUACACCGGCAGCAUCGGCAGACGAUAUCGUCAAGCACGGUUGGAGUGCCGUUCCAGUUGAUGGCAAUGCCAUCCUCAGUGGCAAGCCGUAUCUUCACAAGCCAUCCCCCUUGACUGCAAAGGAUAUCCCCUUUCCUUCGGAUGACGCCAUCGUUGCGGGGGUGCAAGAGUACGCCAAAAAGCACCUUAUCGAGCAGACGUACAACCACUCGAUGCGGGUCUACCAUUGGGGAUAUUCCAUCAUCAAAGACCAAUUUCCCGACCAAUUUGGCCAGCUCUCGCUGUCUACGUGGGCGCUGACGUGCCUCCUCCACGACAUCGGCACCACGCACGACAACCUGCGGGCCACGUUGAUGUCGUUCGAGUUCUACGGAGGCAUUCUGGCCCUGAACCUUACAAAGGAGCUUGGAGCACCCCCAGCUCAGGCUGAAGCUGUGGCCGAGGCUAUCAUCCGUCAUCAAGACCUGGGAACUGUGGGUACGAUCACGUUCCUAGGACAGGUCAUUCAGUUGGCUACUAUCUACGACAACAUGGGCAUUAACCCGCAGAUCAUCGACCCGGUCACCAGGGACGAUGUGAAUAAGGCGUACCCCAGGAAGGGGUGGAGUGGGUGCUUCUCGAAGACGAUUAGGGAGGAAAAUGAACUUAAACCUUGGGCGCAUACUACGCAUCUUGGCGAGGAGGAUUUUCCCGAAGGGGUGAAGAAUAACGAACUUAUGAAGCCGUAUGAUAGUUGGGGACUGUGAGACCGGACAGUUGGAAAAGGGUCUUAGCAAUGGUUUGUAGUAGUAAUAAUUGGUACGACAAUAAGAGGGGAGGCGCAGGAGGCGUAGAGGGCUGAGACAGAUGAUGAUCGGUGGUCCUCAGACUAUCAAAUUCGUUACUUCGGGGAGUAUAGGUAUCGGGAGCUAUUCUAUACUCACGAGAAGAAGUCCACGUGGCUUAUAUGAGUGAUUCUAUUUGCAUACAACAGGAAUCAACGCUAUAACCCGAGACAAAGUGCUAAUUUUUUCAUGGAUAUGUUUUCUAAAUACUUCAUGCAGCUAUCUCAUCGG